GUGUGAGAGCAAACACUCCAUAGAAGAUCUAUCGAGGACAUAUAAUUACAUCAGAGAGAAGGGAAUUCCUGGAGACUCUACAUUGACUCUCGCCCUCAACCUUCACCCCCACUGCUCCCCCAUUCCCCUCCCUGCGUGAGCUGUCUCUCUCGCUUUCCCAAGCUUCUCAUGCGCGCAGAGUUUUCCGUCCCGUGUCUGGAUAACAUCGCAAACAAAGACCAUCUAACGGUAAGAAAACAGACAAAUGGAAGCAGUUGAGAAAACUCUCAUUUACCAAGAAGACACUGGACUAAACAGAAAGCUGCUCCCAGUCGACAAUAAUUACAAGGACAAGUGCCAACCUGACACAAAAAGCCUCCAAUCCAAUUACGUUGAUUUGGAUGACCUGCUUGAUAUGAAAUCAGAGGGCACAAAAACUGUGAAAGUGACUUUUACCGGCGAAGGUAAUCAGCUCGCUGUGUUCAAAUGCAACAGUGACACCUCUGGAGACAGGAGUCCCGGAGUUCGCGUGCUUGAUGAUAAUGUUGAUCAAAUAUCUUCAGGGAACUAUCAUGAGGAGCACUCACAGGGCGAAUGGACUGACAGGGCCGUUGUGGACGAGCCCCCCGUAGAAACGUCUCUGACAGGAGUUCCCAACUGCAAUGUGGACUUUCAAAAUGGGAACACAAGAGAGUUCCAACCUGAAAUUGAGUUCCAUGAUAACAACCUACAAAAUGUCGGCAGUGAAUGUGAGGAAUUACAAUAUACGGACAUGUAUUUAAACAGUAAAAGUGAGUCUGACGACGCGGCGAGCGUGGUGCUCUCCGAGGCAGAGCCCUGUGAGCCUGACACAGUGGAGGAUGAGUCCCACUACAUAACCACUCAUGAAAUCCAACUGACGGAGCUCGACCAUGAUGUCGAUUUUGACUUUGGACGGGGAACCUGUUGGGAUUUGGAGGACGAUAAUCUUGUGUACUCGUUUGUGGAUUAUGCCUCUUUUGAAAGUGACGAAACAGUGGAGGGGACUUUGAUUGUGGAGGGAAAGUGUCAGACGAAAGUAAAAAGUAGCAAGGCGCAAAAUAAUAAUGUACUCCAACGCGCCGGAGGUACAGUUGUCAGCACCGAGCAGGAGAGUGAUCUUUGUGACUCGGACAAAUGCGCCAGCUCAGAUGAAAGCGCGUUCAAAAACCAAAACGGUAUUGGGAAUCCGUCAGGCCAAAUUCACUUGUCCAUCAAGACUUCUUCUCGAGCCAUAAACGACUCUAAUAAUAUAAAUGAGAAUGAAAAAAAUUGCUAUCAUACCAAACAUAUGGGAGAUGGGAGUCAUUUAUUUUUUACAAGCACUGACGCCAGAGCGGAUACAUUAUGCGACAGAGCCCAGUACUUUAUCCCCGCCCCAGGGCGCCAGCACCUCGCUACCAAAUUAAGGGGGAAAGAUAUUAAUGAGUAUUCCAGCGGUGCGUCAAGUUCAAUCAGUGAACUCGACGAUGCAGACAAGGAGGUGCGUAAUUUAACCGCCAAGUCUUUCCGAAGUUUGGCAUGCCCCUAUUUUGAUGCCAUUAAUUUAAGCACUUCAAGCGAGUCUUCCAUGUCAGAAUACAGCCUUGGCUUGAACAAGUGGUCGGCAUAUGUUGACCUAAAAUAUGGCACCAUGUCACAUGGAAGAGAGAAUAAUCUUCUCGCACAUAAGAGUGCCCAGUUAGAAAUUAGUAAACAUGCCGAGUUAAAAAACAGGAAUGGCAAGUCUACAUGUAACAAGAAAGUUCCCCAAACCAGAAUGUAUGCUUUGAAUAAGAAAAUGUCAAGUUCACAACAAGAAUCCUCGUCCACAAAAAAUAUUCAAUUGAAAGGUCAACCGGGACAGGGAGAGGUUAUCACACUGACAGAAACACUGAAUUUUCGUUGUAAUGUUGAAACAGGGUUACCUGAACGAGGAAGGCUUCCAAAAUGUCCCGAAAAUGCGCAACGAUCACGUUCCAAGGAUGAGGUUACGGGCAUCGCGCCAGGCAGGCAAGGGUGUGAAGCGAGCUACGAACACAGUGACGCUGUGGACAGCAUGGGAGACACACACAAGAAGGCCAUUUUCGCCUCAAGCCUUUUGAAAAAUGUAAUAUCCAAAAAGAUGCAGUUUGAACAAGAGCGGAAAAUGGAGCGGGGUGAAAUACGAGACACAUAUCCCACUCACUCCCCAUGCUUUCAGUGCAAGGAUCAAGACAUGAGAGAGAGAGGCUUGAGGAGAGGCUUGCCAAGACAGUCCUCAGAAACAAGCUCGGGAUUCACCCCUAAUUCUCUGGAUGAGCUAGAGGUGGAACAGAGCAGGCCCGGUUCUUGUGACACCUCAGAAGAACGAAGUAGCGACACGGAGACCGAAUCUUUAGAAGGCGCACGGCCGACAACUGAGCUAGCUCUUGAUAUAAAAAAGGAUCCAAUUGACAGUUCGAGAGGACCGCUUAGCCGUAGUCAAAACAGUGCAUUCAAAUCCUGGAAGGAUGGGGAGCAGGAGCCUCAAAAGGAGCCUGAAGUCGAUGAAGUUUUGGGUGACACAUCCUCAACACAAAAUAACACAGAGGGGAAUAAACUGGACACCGGAGCUGUAAGUAGCAAGCUAACAAAAUUGUCUCACUUGUUCGUUCCAAGUUCUCAGCUUCUUCCUAAAGACCAGGAAGCGCGAGAGCAGCAGUCUCAACAUUCACCUGGGAUGAAUGCGCCCCUGAGUCUUAAAGAGGGCGGGGAGAGACAUUUAGGUAUGGGGGGAUAUGGAAACACAACAAAGCUGCCUGAGAUAAAAAUAUGCCUGAGAAGCGUAAAAGAAAACAAACUUUGCCCUCUAAACAUUGCAAACUUGUUGACUCCUAAGAUAGGUUAUACCACUGUAAACCCAAUGAAGACAACAGGUAACUCCAAGUGUCAUGUGCUGGCUGUGUCGGACAAGAUACCACACUUCACAGUCAGGGAUAUUAGAGACAACAAGGUUAAGUUCCAAACUCCCAUUUAUCAGGUGAGGGAUGUGCGCAAAUUGGUUAAAAGUUCAUAUCCGUCUAUUUCAUUGGAUAGCUGCGAACAAAGGCCCCAAAUUAACCCUCCUGUAUCAGCAGAAAUUCGAGAUAAUAAUGAAGGUUCAAAGAAGGAAACAAAUAAGACCCCAUCUCCAUCUCCAAUCGUGAUAAAGUGUCAGUCUGUGAAUAAUAGCAAUUUGAAACAACGAGCCCAGUUGUCCGAUACGCCGUUACGCAAACAAAACGAUGCUGACCAAUCAUCUCCAAAAGUUCCCCCGGAAAAUGCCAAACACGAAACCUCAUUCCCUUUUCGAUUAACGGGCCGAGUUGCACCUGUCUUUUCCAAACAGGCCAACCCCGAUCAAUCCGAAAUUCAGCUCAAUAUUGAAACAAAAACGGCAAAAACGAGGCAGGAGAAAUCGUCUGAUACUGGAGAAAGGAAACCUGAAACCAAAAUCCCCAAACAAGCGGCUCUAGAGAAACUGAAGGCUGCUGUAAAAACUAUGGAACAGCUUUAUGUGUUUGACAGAAAUGAGUGGAAACGUAAAACACAGGCUCCUCGACCCAUCACCGACAGCCACGUUCUGUCACUCAUUGCCCGGGAAGAGCAAGGUGGCCCGGCGAAAGCCGACUUGGAGGAGGAGCCAGGUGGAGCAUCAGGUAAUGACAGACUGACACAUUUUGAACCUCAAACAUUGGUGAACAUGACAGAAACACGCAACGCACGAGAGGAUAAAGAAACUGUGAAAAUUAUACAUGUCCCAUAUGAUGAGGAUACUUUUAAAAUUCAGUCACAGCAGAGUAAAACCUUUAGUAACAAAAGCGUGUUUCAUUUAUGGAAUAAUAAUCAGACACCAGUCAGCACAAGCUCUACUCAUAACAACGCACUUGAAAGUGGAAUUCAGACCCAAACUCCCUCUAUCCCUAUGAAAAGCAUCAGCUGUAAUACCUCAAAAGUCCCACUGUCAUUCAAAAUAUCCCCAUCAAGAAGAGCCCCAGUGGACAGGGUUAGGCUCCAAACCAGCCCUACAGACAUCAGUGCUCAACAACAGUCCUCCAAACCUGGCAACCCGGAAUCUGAAAACUAUUUGACUAUACCUGUGAAAGGCUAUGUAGGUGAAAUCAAGUUUCCAAGCCAAGACCGUAAGCUAAGUGGCAACCCCACCGCAAUCAUUCAAACCAAUAUCGAUGACACAAAGAGAUGCGAGCCUUCGGCUCUACCCCUAAGGCAUACCCCUAUUGUCAUGGAGACGCAUUUCCCUGAACCCCAACCGGCCACUAUCUACCACCACUCUGUGCCAGUGUCCUUGCAGCCCCCCCAGCCACACGUGUUUUGCUUCUCCCCCCCCAUCCCUACCCUUUCCCCCACCCCAUCGGGCGCGGACUCCUACCAGCAGAUCCAGAGGAAGAUGCUCCUGGACCCCACCACCGGUCAGUGCUACCUGGUGGACACCCCGGUCCAGCCUGCCACUAAACGCCUCUUCGACCCCGAGACUGGACAGUUCGUGGAAGUGCCCAUGCCAGCCCACCAGCCGCCCAUCAACCCCAUGACCCCCGUCACCCCUGUGCCCAUGUCUAUCUCCCCCUUGGCACUCAGCCCAGGGGCGUUUGCGCCCACCUACAUGAUCUACCCGAGCUUCAUCCCCUCACCCGCCUUCCCUACCCAGACAGUGUCAGCCCAAGGACUGUCCAGGAUGGAGGAUGACAACGCAAGUAAGAAGCCCCAUGGAAAGCACACAGGUCCGCAUGCCGGGAAGGAGGCUAACAUGACUGGUGCGGAGAGCCCAUACUACAGCGCCACCGGAGGUAGCGUUCAGCACCCGGUGCUGCCCGUGAGCCGGGGACACGUCACCGCCAGGGGCGUUGCUGCCACCUCGGACGGAAAGCCUGUCAUCAGCAUCACAACGCAGCAGGGGCCCCGGAUCAUCGCCCCACCUUCUUUCGAUGGCACCACCAUGAGCUUUGUGGUGGAGCAUCGGUAACACAGAGGAAGUAGCACACACGAGUCUUCUGAGGAGCCUGUCCUGCCCUAAACCCAUUUCCAAUAUUUCCUUUUUCCUCCAUCCCCUAAAUUCCGCUUGAAACUCUUCACACAUCACUGCUCGUCACUUUCAACUGUAUAGUUAUUUUGCCUUUAGUCUUUGCAACAAGUUUCUGUCCUGUAAAACUAUGCCUUCAGGCCGCAGCCUUUCUGCAAUAGUGACUUGGCACAGCUUUGAUGGAGCCCCAUGUAGAGUAUUGGCUUCCUUUUUUUAUAAGCAGUGUUGUAACUGCAAUAUUGUUAUUCAAAAGGAAAUAGUAUUGCAAAGUUAUUGUUUACUCCCUAAAUAUGUAUGAGCGCAACAUGUUUUGAGUUUGAUUGAAGUACUUUAAAUUAGUAAAAUGGUCCUUUUUACAUCUGCUCUAUUACCUGAUGUACAUAUUUCCACAGCAAGUGAAUGCUGUUAGUGUUCUAUUUAGUGAUAUCAGUCAAUAAAAAUGAAUAGUUCCUACGAUAUAAUUAUGAAAACGUCUCUCCCUUUCCCUUCCAACCCUCCUUAUUUCUCAAUUUCACUCUUCGUCUCUCUACCUACCUCUCUGUCUCUCUCUCUCUCUCUCUCUCUCUCUCUCUCUCUCUCUCUCUCUCUCUCUCUCUCUCUCUCACUCACUCCCUCACUCCCUCAUGCAUCUUAAUCUGUGGCCGUGGGAUCCAUUUCAUCUGAUCCAAGUAAAUUCAGAAGAGGUAUUUCAAUCAUCAAUCUGAAACUGAACCACAUGCUUUUCAUCAUCCUUGGAGCCAUCUAGAAGUCAUAUCUUCAUCUCUAAAUAAUUCUACCCUUUUCUUCUAAAAGACUAUUGGCCCUUCAUCUGAAAAAGCUCAGCUCCAUGUUUCUUAAAUCACAACACUGUUCAUGCUAGCCCAAUUUCUGUAUGACUGAUUGUAUAUUUGUAUAUAUAUAUACAGUAUAUGUGUGUAUAUAUAUAUGUGGAUGUGUUUUGCGACAUCCUUCUUGUAUGCCAGAGCAAAUGUGACGAUUGGAGAAAUAAGACGAGAACAGAGGCUCACCAAAUGUGUCUCAGAAUAACUGAGGCCGUGCCCUGGCACUCUCCACAUGCCUAGUGGUUUGUACAGGGGGCGAUAGGUCUGUCCUAUACUGUACUUGGGGCUAAGGUUUCCCAAGCAGAGAUGGGCUCAGGGAGUCAGCUACGCAAAGCUUUUUAGGGGACAACCUCCUCUAUGAGUUUUAGAAUGAUCUUUACACUUAUCGUGUAAGGGAGCAGGAGAUUGGUGACUAUUUAAUUGGCUUACAAGUUUGUGUGUAUGUGUGUGUUUUCAGACUUUGCAAGCAGCCAGCAAAUGUGAUUACAGGCAACAUGGAGAUUUGCUGUUUCAAUAUAAAUGGUUCCAUUUUAGUGGAAAUUAUAUGUGCAAUAAUAUAUUGACAAUCUCAGUGACAAGUGUUGUUUUUCUCCCCAUUUUUCAUGAUGAAAAAAUAUAUACAGUGCCCUCCAAAAGUAUUGGAACAGUGAGGCGAAUUCCUUUAUUUUUGCUGU